AGCCGUGUCUGGUUUACCGCCCUCCGCUCCUGGCUGUACUGCCGGCCUUACCGGCCGCGGCGGUCCAGGAGGGCUCAUGGGCAAUGCUUGCUGCGCCGAUGGAAACCACGACAACGCAGAGGCCGUGAUUGAGCAGCGCUCGAAGUUGUCCGACGAGACGGCCAACCAGCCUGUGCAGAUACCAGGCAAGAAGCUGGAGAACACGAACGCGGCAAAGAGCGAGCUGCCGGGCACAGAGUUCACGAUGGUCAUCGACAAGACGACCGGGCGGAAGCUCGGCGUCGACGUGGACCACCAGGAUGGCUGCACCCUGCAGGUUGACGCUGUGACCGGCGGCCUCUUCCAGCAGUGGAACGACAAUCACCCUGAGCAGGCAGUGAAGCCUGGAGAUCGUAUAGUCGAGGUGAACGGCCUUCGCAACGAUGUGCAGCUGUUGGUAGAGGAGUGCAGGCAGAACAAGUUGCUCGAGCUGGUGGUCAAGCGCGGCCCAUGAGCCGCAUGAGCGGCCCCUGAGCCUCAGCGUUGAGCUGCAGGCUGGCUGUCUCCAUAUCUGAGCUGGGCGCCUCGCUCGGCACGGUCCGACGUGGUGAUUUGUUGAACAUGUGAGGCCUUUAGACCGCUUGGUUCCUUCUUGGGCUUCCUGAUGUUCAACGUGGGUUGACUUUAGAGAAGGUUCUCAUCUUCUUCGUCAGUCUCCCUUGUCCCCAGCGAGUUCCGCAAGGAGCCCAUUGGUCACGUUGCCAUUCGAGAGCUAUGAUUUGCUGCUCUCCAGCGCGCUCGCCCCGCAGACACUGCUACAAUGCGGCCUCACAGCGUCUGGCGUCAAGAUAUCGACUGCCUCAGACGCGAUAGGUUAGGUGUGGUGGUGGACUGACUGUGCGCAUGGCAUUGCAGUUGUACACUCGGCUGUUUCUCAAGCUUCAGGAGGGCGAUGAUCAUGAG